UCUCUUCACUUUUACUUUGGUCCGUUAGAGCCCUCCGUGGGCAUUUUCGUGCACACCUGUCGCCCUCCUCACACUACAGGAGUAACUCACCGUCAGUGAUGUUCACUCGAGCUGGUUACGCACCCUUCGCAUCCGCAGUGACAAGAUUACCGAGCUUACUGGCGAGCGUAGGUCCGGCGCGCAGAACUCUGUCGUCUCCGUCCAUCAAUGCGUUGUUCAACCCUACGGACGAACACCUUGCGAUGAGGGCAACACUGCGAACCUUUGUGGAGCGCGAGGUCGAGCCCCAAGCCGCUCAUUACAACAAAACAGAAACAUUCAACAGGGAUCUGUUUCGUAAACUCGGAACGGUCGACCAAGACCACGGCUUGGGAGUACUGGGAUUGACGGUUCCCGAAGAAUACGGUGGUCUCGGAUUGGACGCCACGGCGGUAGCGUUGACGCACGAAGAAUUAUCGUACUCCGAUCCGGCUUUUUGCCUCGCGUACCUCGCUCACGCGUUGCUACUCGCCAACAACUUGGCUGUCAACGGAAGCGAGGCACAAAAAUCACGAUGGCUGCCGGACAUUUGUGCAGGAACGGUUGUGGGCGGCAUGUGUAUGAGCGAACCAAACGCGGGGACCGACGUGUUGGGCAUGAAAACGAACGCCACCGCAAUAGAAGGUGGAGGGGGAUGGAAGCUGAACGGAACCAAAAUGUGGAUCACCAACGGCACGCUCGAUGGUCGGACGACGGGGGACAUUUUCUUGGUUUACGCCCGCACCGGACCCGCAAAAACUGACUUGACCCAGUUUGUGGUAGAAAAGAAUAUGCCAGGAUUCUCGUUGGGACAAAAAAUUGUCGACAAGCUAGGUAUGCGAGCAUCCAUGACGGCAGAAUUGGUAUUCGAAGAUGUUAUCUUGUCACACGACCAUGUUGUUGGUGAAGUGAACGAGGCAACGCUGUGCAUGAUGCGAAAUUUGGAAAUCGAACGUAUCGGCCUAGCGGCCAUGGCACUGGGAAUUGCGCGCCGUUCCAUCGACGAAAUGAAGCGGUAUGCAUUGGAGCGACAGGCUUUUGGUGCCCGCAAUCUUUUCGAGUUUGGUCAAAUUCAACGCUUAAUCGCUGAGAGUUACGCAGAGUAUAUGGCGGGGCGAUGCUACGUCUAUGGUGUGGCCAAUUCCCUCGAUUUAAAUAAGGCCGGAAACGGUUUAGACGCGGACGGAACUAAACUUUAUUGCGCAAAAAUGAGCAAAGAAGUGGCGGAUCGAGCUAUUCAGGUAAUGGGAGGCUACGGAUACGUCGGCGAGUACAAGGUUGAAAGACUUUGGAGAGAUGCAAAGCUUCUGGAGAUUGGUGGCGGUACCAACGAGAGCCACCACAAAAACAUGGCUAGAGAUUUGCGAAAACGGGGAAUCGCUCCUUUAGAUUGACGGGUAGAGCAACUUGCUGUUAUAACGCUAAUGUUAAGC